AGCAGGAGCAGGAGGAGGAGCAGGAGGAGGAGGCGCCAUGGAGGAGGACAUCAGGAAGCAGGGGAUGGUGUACCUGCAGCAGCAGAGGUUUGGGAAGAAGUGGAAGCGGGUGUGGUGCGUCCUGUACAGAGAAAGCUCCUGUUCGAUUUCCCGUCUGGAGUUUUUUGAGUGUAAAGAAACAGGAACUCUGGAGAAGAACGACAAGACGCUGCGCAAGCAGCAGGAGCACAAGAAGGUGAUCCGUCUGGCCGACUGUAUCCGGGUGACGGAGGUGGAGGUGGACGGCUGUCCCAGAGACACCGGGCCCUUCCUCAUAGAGACCACAGAGAAGAUCUACGUGUUCGCUGCAGACAGACAGCAGCUGGACGACUGGACACACAAACUGUGUGAGAUAGCCUUCCCUAUGAGCUGGGCAGAGCGUGGAGGGAAGCGAGCCAGUCUGCACAGAGGAAACAGGGUGGAUGAGGACGAAGGCAUGGAGGACAACUCACUGUACAGCGGCAGAGAGACAGUGCGGGACUUCAGAGUGUGUGUUCGCAGGACGGAGGCGUCGGACCGCUGCAGGCUGAAAGGUGUGUGUGUGCUGCGGACCGACACCGAGGCGCUGCUGCUGCUGCAGCCCAAGAGCGGAGAGGUGGUGUUCAGCUGGCCGUACCGCUUCCUGCGCCGCUUCGGCCGCGACAAGUCGACCUUCUCGUUCGAGGCGGGACGUCGCUGUGACUCAGGAGAGGGAAGCUUCGAGUUCGACACCAAGCAGGGAAACGUUUUGUUCCAGGCCGUCGAAGCCGCCAUCAACCUGCAGCGCAUCGCCUUCCCCCACCGGCAGACCUCUGGGGGGGGGCAGGACGGCCCGGAGACCCCCCCGCCCCUGAGCCAGAGCCGGAGCCAGCAGCUGCCCCAGCCCCGCGGUCAGCUCCCACAACCCCCCACUCAGGCAGAGGAGGCCGUGUACAGCAUGGUGAAGGACGCCCCGAGUCUCCAGCUGCUUCAUCCCAAAGACAGAGAGAAAGAGAGCUGCUCGCCUCCGCUGCAGCAGCGCCACCUGCAGUCUCGUUUGGAGCCUCCGGUUGACAAGGCGUUGACAGGAGUGAAGAGUUUGAACCUGGACACUCGAGGACAUCCUGCUCCACGUAAGAACCAGGUGAAGAUGAUCUCCAGCUGCCCUCUUCCCCACAGCGGCUCCGACCCAGACCUGAGCGCCAGCCCCGCCCUCAACCCCCGCCUCAGCCCCAAACUGAGCGCCAACGCCAACCAGACGUACUCCGAGAUCACCCUGCCCGGCGCCGCCCCCCUGCCCUCGCAGGAGCCUGAGUACUCGCUCCCGUUCGACACCAUCGCCAAGAGCGUCAUAUCCGACAUCCUGAAGUCCCAUCAGGCGCUCGGGCUGGAGGGGGCGGAGUCAGGCGCUGACCCGCUCUACGACAGCAUUGACGAAUCGCAGAUCAGGGCCGUCCUCCAAGGCCGAGCCGCCGGCGCCUCCAGGGAGACCUACAGGAAGGCGGACCACAUCUACGACGAGCCCGAGGGCUGCGCCGCCCCCGCUGGACAGAAGCCAUCGGUUCUCCCCUCGGUUUACGACGACCCCACAGAGAUGAAAGGUAACGCCUGGAGGAUUAUGGGAACUGUAGCGGACCCUAAAGGUCACGAGUACCCAUACAACCCCCGGGUGGACGACUACGCUGUGCCCAAGAAACCUCAGAGGGCAUUUCCUCCUCAGAAAAUCACCAACAAAGAAGAAAAGGAGGAGGAGAGGGAGGAAGAGGAGGAAGAGGAGGAGGAAGAGGAGGGUUCACCAUACGAUAACGUGAUGGUGAAGACGAUGUAGAAGAAAUGAGGACAAACACACACACACACACACACACACACACACACACACAGACACACUGAAUGCUAGCUAGAUGCUGUCUUCAUAGCUUCACCUCACCCAGCAGGAGUUUGGAGAAAUCCUUGAACAAGACGUUGCUGGGGCAACAGCAGCUCUGAUUGGCUGUCAGUUUGAAGGAAAAUUCUCCCACAAUCCCCCUGUGGAAACUCCAGGUGCUUCAGGUUUGUUUUUCUGCCCAGGUGGAGCAAGUUUCCACUGUUAGCUUCGCCACGAGGCAGCUACUCCGCUGAGAAAAUUCCACUGAUUCUAAAAACUCUUUCAAAUGAAAAAUGAACAUUGAGCAGCGAUAAUUUCAGCUGCUGCAGAGUGUCAAGGUUUAUUUGGCGAGCUAGCUCAGGUAGCAUCUCUGUAGCUCCUGAUGAUCGGGAAAGGUCACAGGUCACACAGGUUACAGAGGAGAACCGCGUCCAUGUUUUGAAACUCACUGAAAUUAUUUCCAUAAAUUUG